AUGACUAUGCUAUACUCACUAGGCAUUGCCUUUUUCGCUGCCAUUGGCACAUUUCUAUUUGGGUUUGACACGGGUAUCGCGACGACAACUAUUGCCCAUCAAAGCUGGAUUGACUAUAUGCAUAAGCCAUCUCCUGGCUUGACUGGAGCUGUUGUGGCUGUCUAUAUCGCAGGAGAAGCAGGAGGUGCCCUGACGCAGACCUUCAUUGGCGACAAGCUCGGCCGCAUUCGAUUCAUGCAGCUGAUGUGUAUUAUUGUGACCAUCGGCACCGUCAUUCAAACAGCCUCCAUCAACAUUGGCAUGUUUCUCGCCGGUCGCGUACUUGCUGGCUACGCAGUCGGUGGUAUGGUUUCCACUGUUCCCAUCUACCUCAGCGAGAUUUCAGAGCCCCAGUACCGUGGCUUGAUCGGAGGAAUCUCCGGCUGUGUGGCGUCUUCCUCUUGGAAUUCAGAUUCCUUGGGGGUAUUAAUGUUCAUUGGUCUUGCAACUUUCAUGCCGAAUUCGCCCCGUCAACUGAUUCGUAAUGGAAAGGUCGAGGAGGCUCGACACGAGUUCUCUCGCAUUCGCCGCGGUGCCAAUUUGCAUGAGGUGGAGGAGGAGUUUGUGGCCAUGCAGGCGCAGAUUGAGUUCGAAAUGGAACGGGAGAUCACUAGCUAUCGGGAGAUUUUCAAGCUUUUCCGUCACCGUGUCCUGGUGUAUGUCUCACGAUUCAAGUUCACUCACAAGACAUCUGUCAGUAUCAAGUCUCUGAUAUACGUUCACAGGUCGAUCGCAGUACAGACCAUGACAAGUCUCACCGGCGUCAAUGUGAUUCAGUAUUAUCAAACGACCCUCUACAAAUCCCUUGGAAUCGGAUCCCAUAAAAUUCUCGCUCUCGCGGGUGUUUAUGGCACGGUAGCCUUUUGUUCCAACGCCAUUACUACUAAAUUCAUGACAGAUCAGUGGGGCCGUCGAAAGAUGUUAAUUGCUGGCUUAGCGGGAAUCGUACUUAUUGAAAUCUACGCUGCCGUCAUGCAGCGCGAGUUCCAACAUACGGAUAACAAAAUUGGCAAAGGAUUCGCGAUCUUGGGCAUCUACCUCUUUGUUGUGUGCUUUUAUGGUAUGCUCAACAGCACCACCUGGCUGUACGGCGCUGAGGUCUUACCCAUUGCCCUACGAAGCAAAGUCAUGGGUCUUGCGGCUGCAUCGCACUUUAUUGUCAACGUUGCAAUCACCGAGGCGGGACCCAGCGCAUUUGCUACUAUUCACGAGAACUACUACUAUGUCUUCGUGGCUUGUUCCACUUUUUUCCUCGUCAUUGCCUACUUUUUCUUCCCCGAAACCAAGCAGAAGACUCUCGAAGAAGUAGCUGCCUCUUUCGGUGACCGCGUCGUCAUCGCCGAGGAAGACACAAAGCGAAUGUCCGUCGCGGGCAAGGCUGAUCAUGUCGAAUCAGUGUCUGCUUAA